AUUCAUUAAUUAACUAAAUUCACUUCACACUCUGAAACAGUCAACAAAAAAAUAAAAAAGCAAAACCCGCUUCUAACCUCUCCAAGAUUUAGAUCCCCAAAAUUACAGUUUUAAAACUCUCUCUUCGAAAAUUAUCAGCUUCUCCGCCGCCGUCGCAAUGACGGAGGAAUCGCCGCCGGAGGUACUUCAGUCAGAGCAUGCAGACGACUCCCAGCGAUCUCCGGUGGUGAAAUCGGCUCCUUUCGAUGUAAUUGACGGCAAUGUGCGUUCUAACGGAAAAUCAGGAAGGAAGAAAGGUAGGGUUUCUGAGAUGAAAUUGUCCGAGGAGAAUCGACGAAGGUCGCCGAGAUUAUCAGGUGAAUCUGACGGAAGAGGCUCUUCUUCUUGUUCUGUUAAGCUGCGAAGAACUCGGUCUUCAAAUGGGAUUGAAAACACGCAAUUAGUUUUUUCUCAAGGAAAAAGAACCCCAAAAGUAGUUCACGAAAAGAACAAAAAAAGAAAAGUGAAUUCCAUUUCCAUUGAAUUGUCUAAUUCACCGGUGGAACAACAUUCUCCUGAAGUUGACGAUAUAAACUGCUCAGCACUGUCUCUGGACGAAACCACAUCCCCAACCUGGUUUGAAAAUGGCGGAACAAAUUCUGAUUAUUUUGCCUUAAAAGGAAAGCCACCAAAAAGAAGUUUAAAUCAUCUGCUUCUUUAACGAAAGGAUGUAUGUAUGGGAGAAACAUUCCUUCAUUCAUUGGUGAUCCAAUACCUGAUGAUGAAGCUCGCAAAAAAUGGGGAUGGCGUUACAAAUUGAAGGACAAACAAUGUAAUGAUAAGGUGUUCAUAAUAAAUGAGGAUGAAGAAGACGAGACAAUUAUAAAUGUUAAAUGCCAUUAUGCCCAAGCUAUCAUUGGGAACUGCAUUUUCACUGUUGGCGAUUGUGCAUCUAUAAAAGGUGAAGGAGAACAAAAACAUAUUGGCAAGAUUGUUGAAUUUUUCCUAACAACUGAUAGCAAAAAGUAUUUCCGAGUCCAAUGGUUUUACAGAAUUCAAGAUACAGUUGUCCAAGAUGAAGGUGAUUAUCAUGACAAGAGGCGUUUAUUCUAUUCAUCAAUAAUGAAUGAUAAUUUAAUAGAUUCCAUAAUAGAGAAAGUCAGUGUUAGAUAUAGAACACCUAAGGUUGGUCUGAAGUUGGCUUCUAAUUUACCAUCUGACUUCUAUUAUGAUAUGGAAUAUUGCGUUGAUUACUCUACAUUCCGUAAAAUACCAACAGAUGAUGCUGUUAAGAUUAACAAGUUAUCACAACCUGCUGUUCUUGAGAGUCACUCACCAGAGGCAUCUACUAUUACCAAGAGUCUACCUAAUCCUGAGUUGCACAGAACAGAACUAGCAUUACUAGAUCUUUAUUCUGGCUGUGGUGGCAUGUCAACUGGACUGUGCUUAGGUGCCAAAAUAUCAUCAGUUAAUCUUGUCACGAGAUGGGCCGUUGAUAGUAAUAGAUAUGCAAGUAAAAGCUUAAAACUAAACCAUCCAGAGACACAUGUGAGAAAUGAAUCUGCAGAGGACUUUCUGCAACUAUUGAAGGAGUGGGAGAAGCUAUGCAAACGGUAUAAUGUUGGCGACACAAAAAAUAAAACUCCAUUACGGUCGAGGAAUUCAGGAGGAAAGAAGCAAGUGAAUUCUAAAGCUGCUGAUAGUUCUGAUGAUGAUUUUGAAGUAUCUAGGAUUGUUGAUAUAUGCUACGGUGAUCCCAGUGAAACAGGGAAACAUGGUCUAUAUUUGAAGGUACACUGGAAGGGUUACGAUGAAAGUGAAGAUACAUGGGAACCAAUUGAAAACUUACGCAAUUGUAAGGAAAGCUUGCAGGAGUUUGUGAGAGAGGGCAUACAAUCAAAACUCUUGCCCCUUCCUGGUGAAGUUGAUGUUGUUUGUGGAGGUCCUCCUUGUCAAGGAAUUAGUGGCUAUAAUCGUUAUAGAAACAUGGAAUCACCAUUGGACGAUGAAAGAAAUCAUCAGAUAGUAGUUUUCAUGGACAUAGCGACAUAUUUGAAGCCUAAGUAUGUUUUAAUGGAGAAUGUGGUUGACAUAUUGAGAUUUGACAAGGGUUCACUCGGAAGAUAUGCUUUAGGUCGUCUGGUACACAUGCAUUACCAAGCAAGGUUAGGAAUUGUUGCAGCUGGGUGUUAUGGUCUUCCACAAUUUCGAUUGCGUGUUUUCAUGUGGGGGGCUCAUCCUGAUGAGGUUCUACCCCAAUUUCCAUUGCCAUCACAUGAUGUUAUUAUGAGAUACUGGCCUCCACCUGAGUUUGAGCGCAAUACUGUUGCUUAUGAUGAGGACCAACAACGAGAAGUAGAGGAAGCUCUUGUUAUUCAAGAUGCCAUCUCUGAUCUUCCUCCUGUCACAAACUUUGAAACUCGGGACGAAAUGCCAUAUCAAAAUCCUCCAGAAACAGAAUUUCAAAGAUAUAUACGAUCAACUAAACAUGAGGUGACUGGAUCCACAUUAAAUGGAGCAACAAAGAAAACACAUAUAUUAUAUGAUCACAGACCCCUCUUUAUGUCUGAAGAUGACUACCUACGUGUUUGUCAAAUUCCCAAACGGAAGGGAGCAAAUUUCCGUGAUCUUCCUGGAGUUGUUGUAGGAGCUGACAAUGUGGUUAGGCCACAUCCAACAGAGAAUAUUCCAUUGCUACCAUCUGGAAAGCGAUUGGUCCCAGAUUACUGCUUCACUUAUGAACAGGGGAGGUCCAAGAGGCCAUUUGGACGAUUGUGGUGGGAUGAAACGGUUCCUACCGCACUAACCAGCCCAAGUUGUCAUAACCAGGUAGUAAUACAUCCAGAGCAGGAUCGAAUCCUCACCGUACGAGAAUUUGCCAGGCUGCAAGGAUUUCAUGAUUAUUAUAGAUUUUGUGGGUCUGUGAAAGAAAGGUACCGUCAAAUUGGAAAUGCAGUUGCUGUACCUGUUUCACGAGCUUUAGGAUAUGCCCUAGGAAUUGCACAUAGAAAGCUUGGCAGUAAUGAACAUCAUAUGACCCUCCCACCCAAGUUCUCUCUUUCCAAUUAUGUUCAAUUAUCAAGUAAUCAUGUCGGCGACACCACCUUUUUUGAGUCGAAAGAUGUUGUCAGUGCUGAUGUUGUUGAGACGAAAGAUGUUGGCAACACCACUAUUCUUGAGUCGAAAGAUGUUGGUGAUAGCGCCAUUUUUUAGUCGAAAGAUGUUUGUGAAACCGCCGUUCUUGAGUCGACAGAUGUUGCGAAUCUGCCAUUUUUUAGUUGAAAAAUGUUGGCGACACCGACUAGCAGAACAUUCAUCCUGUUAUUUUCCAUUGAUUUCAUGAAAAGUGGAAUUGACAUUUGAUUUUCUUGCUGAGCAAUUUUUUAAUCCUGUAGACAUGCCUCAGCUACUCUCCAUUUAAUUUAAAUGUAUAAUCUCAUUUAUUUGUACAA